AUGAGAAAAAAGUCCCUACUUUUCUACUGGGGUUUGGCAUACUUCUGGCAAAAGACUCGUUAUGGGGCAGAGUACAGGUACAAACCUACCCACCCAACCCUCCAACCCGCCUACACACACACCCUCCCACCUGCCUACACACACACCCUCCAACCUGCCUACACAACCACCCUCCCACCUGCCUACACAACCACCCUCCCACCUGCCUCCACAAACACAUCCUCCAACCUGCCUACACAACCACCCUCCCAACUGCCUACGCAACCACCCUCCCACCUGCCUACAUACCCACCCUCCAACCUGCCUACACAACCACCCUCCCACCUGCCUACACAACCACCCUCCAACCUGCCUACACAACCACCCUCCAACCUGCCUACACACCCACCCUACAACCUGCCUACACAACCAGCCUCCCACCUGCCUACACAACCAGCCUCCCACCUGCCUACACACCAACCCUCCAACCUGCCUACACAACCACCCUCCCACCUGCCUACCCAUCCAACCCUCCAACCUGUCUACACACCCACCCUCCAACCUGCCUACACACCCACAUCCUCCAACCUGCCUACCCAUCCAACCCUCCAACCUGCCUCCACACACACAUCCUCCAACCUGCCUACACACACACCCUCCAACCUGCCUACACAACCACCCUCCAACCUGCCUACACAACCACCCUCCAACCUGCCUACACACCCACCCUACAACCUGCCUACACAACCAGCCUCCCACCUGCCUACACAACCAGCCUCCCACCUGCCUACACACCAACCCUCCAACCUGCCUACACAACCACCCUCCCACCUGCCUACCCAUCCAACCCUCCAACCUGUCUACACACCCACCCUCCAACCUGCCUACACACCCACAUCCUCCAACCUGCCUACCCAUCCAACCCUCCAACCUGCCUCCACACACACAUCCUCCAACCUGCCUACACACACAACCUCCAACUUGCCUACCCACACACCCUCCAACUUGCCUACACACACAUCCUCCAACCUGCCUACCCACACACCCUCCCACCUGCCUACAGACCCACCCUCCAACCUGCCUACCCACACACCCUCCAACCUGCCUACCCAUCCAACCCUCCAACCUGCCUACACACCCACCCUCCCACCUGCCUACCCAUCCAACCCUCCAACCUGCCUACACACCCACCCUCCCACCUGCCUGCACACACACCCUCCAACUUGCCUACCCACCAUGACACUGCUGCUUUCCGAGAGUCCACAAGUCAGACCUAAGUACCAAGUGGCCUCCACCAUCAAAGUAUCAGACAUAAGUGCCCAGUAUCCUCCUCCAUCAAAGUAUCCUGACAGAAGUACCCAGUAUCCUCCUCCAUCAAAGUAUCCUGACAAAAGUACCCAGUAUCCUGCUCCAUCAAAGUAUCCUGACAGAAUCUCACAGAUGAGGUCCCCCAGGCAAGACAAGACAGACAUUGCACCUGUCGGGAGAGAUAUACGAGCUUAA